CCGGAAUAUUGUCGGACGUACAUAUAAUUUAUAUUUUUCUGGUUGUGGGUUCAAUAGCUUGUUGCAAGUGCCACGUCGGAUCCGUCCUCUUCGAUCAUGGUUUCCGUAAUCAAUACGGUGGACACCUCCCAUGAGGACAUGAUCCAUGAUGCUCAAAUGGAUUACUAUGGCACCAGACUGGCCACCUGUUCUUCUGACAGGUCUGUCAAGAUCUUUGAUGUCAAAAAUGGAGGCCAGAUCCUGGUUGCAGAUCUGAGAGGCCAUGAGGGCCCAGUUUGGCAGGUGGCCUGGGCUCACCCCAUGUAUGGCAACAUCCUGGCCUCGUGUUCCUACGAUCGUAAAGUCAUCAUAUGGAAGGAAGAGAACAACAGCUGGGAGAAGAUGUAUGAGUACACUGGACACGACUCCUCAGUCAACUCGGUGUGCUGGGGUCCUUAUGACUUUGGCCUGAUCCUGGCCUGUGGAAGCUCAGAUGGAGCCAUUUCAUUGCUGACCUUCUCUGGGGAUCAACAGUGGGAAAUUAAGAAGAUCAACAAUGCACACACUAUCGGCUGUAAUGCAGUGAGCUGGGCUCCUGCCGUGGUCCCAGGUAGUCUGAUAGACCAGCCCUCAGGACAGAAGCCCAACUACAUCAAGCGCUUUGUCUCCGGAGGCUGCGACAACCUGGUGAAGCUCUGGAAAGAGGAGGAUGGUCAGUGGAAGGAAGACCAGAAACUGGAAGCCCACAGUGAUUGGGUCAGAGAUGUCGGCUGGGCGCCAUCUAUAGGACUGCCCUCCAGCACCAUUGCCAGCUGUUCUCAGGAUGGUCGUGUGUUCAUCUGGACUUGUGACGACCCCUCCGGCAACACGUGGACAGCUAAACUCCUCCAUAAGUUCAGUGAUGUGGUUUGGCAUGUCAGCUGGUCUAUCACUGGAAACAUCCUGGCUGUGUCUGGCGGGGACAACAAGGUGACUCUGUGGAAGGAGUCUGCAGAUGGCCAAUGGGCUUGUAUCAGUGAUAUUAAUAAAGGCCAGGGCGCUGUAUCAAACGAACAGUGAUCCAAGUGCACCAGGACUUCUGUCUUCUUUCUAGAUGGGAUUAUUUUGGGCUCAGUUGAACGCAGACGGUUCCCUGUACUGUCCUCCCAGUGUGACCCUGUUCAGUGACCUGGAGGAUAUUUCAGAUCUCUGUGUCUGGUUAAAUUAUUGACCUCCACUCUCUGCAGCUCCUGUACUUCAAGUUGUUAAUACAUCAUUGAUUGUUAUUUUUACUAGUUUGUUUCAUAUGAUGUAUUUAAUGCACAGACAUGCUAAUCUAUGAUGAAAUCAUAACACAGGGAAUAUUGAGAGAAACCGGUUACAACCAGUUCAGACAUCUGUUAAUGAACUUUAUAAACUAUUAACAUUCUGUCAAAAACAAAACUGUUUUGUGAGAUUUUCUUCCAUUUAAUUGUGUAAAUGAGAAUUUUUUUUUUUUUCAUAUUUCCACUGAUUAAACAACUUGAAGGCAGAAUCUAUA